CGUGUCUUGGGAGAGUCUUUCCUCAAUUGUCAAUUUUGUGUUUAUUUUUAGUUGUGACCCGAGCCAGAAGCUGUGCCUUUAAGCAGCUUUCCGAUUCGGGGAAACCGACGCCAGCACUCGAGGGUCGGAAGGCGCUGGAGAGGCCCCUCAUUCUGCACUCCCCUCUUUCUUCCUCCCUCCCCUUCCCCUCCCCCGCCCCCUCUCCCCUCCCCUACUCGGCCGUCCGGCAGCCUCGGCGCCAUCCGUCACCUCGCAGCCUGCCGCACUCCUGGAGCAAGAAAGCAAGGAAAGAGCCACGGCGAUGGUGCCGCCCGCGGCGCAGCCAUGGAACCUGCCCGAGGAGCCCGCGCCCGCCGCUGCCAACCUGCCCGCAGCCCGCUGCCUGCGCGCCAGCUCCCCACGUCCCGGGCCAGCUGCAGCCGCCCCGCCAAUCUCUGCCCUCCCCGCCGCCCGGCGCCACUGAGCCCCACGCCCGUGUCGAGCUCGGGGACACGGGCGCCCUAGUCCCGCCGCCGUUGCCACUGCCUGUGCGCCGCCGCUGCCGCUGCCGCUGCCGCGCCGCUGAGGCAGAGGAGGAGGAAGAGGAGGAGGAAGACGCCGCUGCCGUUACCGUCAGCGCUGGGCACAACCAGCACAGAGAGAGAGGGACUGCAAAAGGGCUUUCGGGCCGAGUCAGCUGCCCAGCCUUUGCCCUAAGAGGACCCGACAGAGGCCCCUCUGAGGACAAGCUCCUGGCUGGUGACCAGAUUGUGGCUAUUAAUGAGGAGGACGUGAGUGAAGCCCCCAGGGAGAGGUUCAUAGAACUCAUCAGGAGCGCUAAGGAAUUCAUCGUUCUUACUGUUCUGCACACUCAUCAGUCCCCUAAAUCAGCCUUCAUUAGUGCUGCGAAGAAGGCCAAGCUGAGGUCUAAUCCUGUAAAGGUUCGAUUUUCCGAGCAGGUAGCAGUCGGAGAAACACACGCAAAAAUGAUGAAGAAGGAAGCCCUCCUCCUCAUCCCCAACGUCCUGAAGGUUUUCUUAGAAAAUGGGCAGAUCAAGUCAUUCACUUUUGAUGGCCGGACCACUGUUAAGGAUGUGAUGGUGACAUUACAGGACCGUCUCUCCUUAAGGUAUAUUGAGCACUUUGCUCUUGUCCUUGAGUAUGCUGGACCAGAACAGAAUCACAAGUUCCUGCUUCUCCAGGACAAGCAACCCCUGGCUUACGUGGUACAGCGGACACACUACCAUGGAAUGAAAUGCCUCUUCCGAAUAAGCUUCUUUCCCAAAGACCCUGUAGAGCUGCUGCGUCGGGAUCCUGCUGCUUUCGAGUACCUAUACAUCCAGAGUCGGAACGAUGUUAUUCGAGAACGCUUUGGAAUGGAACCCAAGCCAGAGAUGCUUUUGGGCCUGGCUGCCCUCCACAUCUAUAUCACUGUCUCAGCCACUCGGCCUAGCCAGAAGAUCUCACUCAAGAACGUGGAGAAGGAGUGGGGCCUGGAACCCUUUCUUCCUCCCUCCCUCCUGCAAGGCAUCAAGGAGAAGAACCUUCGGAAGUCUCUCUCUCAGCAGCUAAAGGCUCACCAAACGCAACCUUCUAGUGGCACCAAGGGUUCUGCAAUCCAGGCAAAGCUCCAGUACCUUCGAAUUCUGAAUGAACUGCCGACCUUCACAGGCGUAUUGUUCAACACUGUGGGCCUGGACGAAAAGCAGUCAGCCACUACUCUCCUGGUGGGACCCCGUCAUGGCAUCAGCCAUGUUAUUGAUCUCAAAACCAACCUCACGACCGUGCUGUCUGAGUUCAGCAAGAUCAGCAAGAUCCAGCUGUUCCGGGAGAACCAGGGUGUGGCCCGAGUGGAGACCAGCAUCAUGGAUGCCAAGCCUCUGGUUCUGUUGAUGGAGUGGCCUGAGGCCACCAACUUUGCCUGCCUGAUUGCUGGGUACUGCCGCCUCCUGCUGGAUUCCAGGAAGAUGGUCUUCUCCAGGCCUGUCAGCCAACCUCUUCCACCUCCAAUGAUCAAGGCAGAUUACAUGCACAGCGCCCACCGCCCUGUCAUUGGGGGCCACCUGGGGAAAAAGGAGAGUAGUUAUGUGGGCAGCGUGGGCACCAGCCCCAGGAAGUCGAGCCGCUGCACGCCCCCACCUGCCGACUCUGAGCUUGUCAGCUUCUGCUACCUCCAUAUGCGGGAACAAAGGAAAGAGCAGGAAAGCCGGACAGAUGUCAAUGAGAAUCUAAUCUUCUUUGAGGAGACCAGGCCCCGGACCAAGUCUGACCCCACAUCCAAAAGCUCUGGCCAAGGUUACCAUGUGGUCCCCGAUGACUUUGAUGCAACCAGCUUAGACCAUGAACCUUGUGCCAGCAGGGCCCGGUCCUACACCUUGGACAAUUCCCUUGGGGCUGAAGCCCUGAAUUUCUACUGUGACUCAUGCAAAACCAAACUCCAGGAGCAACUGGGCCCUCGAAAAGGUGGGAGGCCUGGCUCUUCUCGUGACAAUAUUGUAGACUUGAUGUCCCUCCCACCACCAGGGAGUGAGGAGGAAGAAGAAGAGGAAGAUGAGACAACUUCUUUGUUGCCUGCCAUUGCCGCCCCACCCCCUGGUUUUCGAGACAACAGCUCUGAUGAGGAUGACUCCAAGCGCCGGGCUGCCCAAAGCCAGGAACAAGGACGCCAUCUGCGUGGGCUCUUGUAUGACGAGAUUCCAGUGACACUGAUUGACAGUGUGCAAACCCGGACAGUCAGAGAUCAUGCCCAGGAGCUAGAUGAUGCUCUGGUGUCCACUCUGCAGGCUCUAGAAGCCCUGGCUGCUUCAGAGGAUGGACCACACCCCCCUCCCCCACAGACAGCAGGUCUGAUUGUGCUGGCCACAAUUACUCCUGAAUCAUCACUGGACUCUGGCCAUGAAACCAACUCUUCAGAGCUCACAGACAUGUCAGAGAUGAUGUCCGCCAUGAAGCAGCACCAGAAUACCACCUACUUCCUGGCACAACACCUCAACAAGGACCUGCCCUUCCGGAUCCAGAGCUGCGCAGCCCAGGCCGUUCUCACAGCCCCUUACUCUCUUGGGCGCCCGGAUCCCAAUACAUCCCUCCAGCCAGCUGUCACAGGCCAGAGUCCUGGCCCCCCAGGUGCUCGGAGAAAGCUGCCCCAGUCAGAGUCCCAGGCACAGGGAGAGCGAACAUACUCCCUGGCAGUACAUCCAGCACUGUCCCCUCAGCUUAGUCAGCUUAGUGAGCAGAAGAAUCUGAGCCUGCUGCCGCCAGUGCCUGAGGACAAAGGUCCUGGCCACACAAGGGCUGGCAUGGAGAUGUCACUGAGGGCAGCCACACCCUCCCUCAGUGAAGAGCAGGUCUCAGAGCUGAGGGAGAACCUGCCCAAGGAGGUCAGGUUGAGCCCCAAGCUUAUCCUGGACCCCAAAGGCAGUGUGACCCCAGCCAUCAUCUCUGCUGCCCUCCAGCAGGUGGUUCAUAGUAAGAGUCUAUCUCCCACUGGUGGGGUUUUGGGGAACCCUGCUGGCAGGGGAGAGAGAAGGCUGGAAGCCAGCAUAGGGAGACCAGAGGUCAGCAUAGGAAGACCAGAGGUUAGCAUGAUGGGCAGCAGUACCAGUAAGAAUCUGAAGUUUAAAACGAGCCCCAGUGCUCUAGAGGCUUCACGGAAUUCCCAGAAGCAGCUGGGCCCAGAGGUGUCUUCCAGGCCCAGAGCACCUGUAGGCAGCCAAGCCGAGAACCUACACCUUCCCCCACAAGAGGACAGGCUCCCUAUUCAGAGUUUCCCUCCCAAAGGGUAUCUUGCACGAACAGGUCGAGAAUCAGCAGGCAAGCAAGCUACAGGGGAGGUGGUCAGCAAGGACGGGCCAGAGGGAGCAAAGCCUGCCUCACACAAGCAGGGUGCUGUCUCCAACCAAGGGGAGAAGGGACAGCUGGAUAGCACAUCCAAAAGUGGCAAGCUUGAGGACACCAGCCUGGUCCCCCGAGCUGGCUACUCCAUGGCUCUGCAGAGCCCCAGCUGUCAGCCUGGAAGCCAUAGCCCCAGCUGCCAGUCCCGAGGUCAGAGUCCCAGCUGCCAACCUCGUGGCCAGAGUCCACUGAAGCCUCAGGCUGCCAGCCGGCAGGUGAGCACCAUGCCUUCCAGGGGGCUUGAAACUCUGGAUGGAACCCAUUCCACUUCUGAAGGACCCACAAAGCCCAAGUCAUCACGAGGUCCCUUCCGGCUUCGCAAUUUAUUCUCUGCCACCUUUCCUACCCGCCAGAAAAAGGAGACAGAUGAGCGACAGGCCCAGCUGCAGAAGGUAAAGCAGUAUGAGCUGGAGUUCCUUGAGGAACUUCUAAAGCCACCAAGCCAGGGGGAGCUGCCCAGCACUGAAUACCUGCAACCUCCCGCACCUGGCCGCUGCAGCUGCCAACUACGCAGCAGCCCUGUGCAGCAGGGGCCCGGCAUGUCCCGAGAGCAGAGGCGCAGCUGUGACUGCAAGCGCAUCUCCAGGGGGGGCCGGCCACAGACUGCCCAGACACCGGUGCCUGGCCUCCGGGGAAGGGAGAGAGACAGGCUACCCCCUACUCAGAGGCAGCCAGAGGCUAGCCCAGGCUUGAACCUCAGCAGCCCCGUCAAUGUCCGGCGCAUCCGUUCAACCAGCCUGGAAUCCCGAGAGUGUCGAUCAGAGCCCGAGAGUGGUGUUUCGUGCCUGACCACGUGUGCCUCAGGGGGUGAGUGUUUGGGAGCUCCCAACUAUAGAAAACUGAUGCGCCGCUACAGCAUCAGUGAGCUGGACCAGAGUGACAGGGCCUCAUUGACCUCAGACAUAUAUCCACACCCACCCUUGGGCAUGCUGCCCAGGGAAGCCAAGGAGGUAGAGGCAGGCCUCCCCCUAGGCUUGGGUCCCAAAAGCAAAUCGGUGGAGUCACCAAACCUGGGAGACCCCUCAUACGUCCAGGUUGUCCCUGAGACCAAAGGCCCCGGACAGAUGGCUGUGUUCUCAUUACCAGAGGAGGUGUACCGGAAGCCUGCUGAGCUGGACGAGGACAGUGAGAGUAGCAAGUGCUGUUCUAUCCGUUACUGCUUCUACUAUCGCAAAUGUGACAUGGCAGAUGAUGCCAGUGAUGGCAAAGACGAGCUUUCCUACUCUAUCCCCAUGAAGAUUCUGCCAGGCAUGAAGUUGGAUGAGCAGGUAGUGCCUGUGGUGAGCAGGACCUUGCAAGUGCUGGAUGCGGCCACCUGUAGCAGCAGCCCUGAGGCUUCACGCACCCAGGAGAUUGAUCUUCGUGUGUCCACCUUCGAGGGGAGCCUGGCCAAGAUCAAUGCCCUGCGUGCCCAUGCCUAUGGCCUCCCUGAUGGCUUCUUGGCUGCCCGACUAGACACUAAUGAACUGCUGACUGUCUUAAGGCAGUGUGUGGCCAGCCCUGAGGCCCGUGCUCCCAAGCCCUAUGUCUCUCAGAUCUCCGAGUACAAGCUCGAGCUAGCUCUCAAGUUCAAGGAGCUUCGGGCUUCCUGCCGCCGUGUGGCCAACGUGGACAAAAGCCCAACCCACAUGCUGGCAGCCAUCACAGGCAGCUUCCAGGUGCUGAGCAGCCUCAUUGAGACCUUCGUGCGGCUGGUGUUCAUUGUGCGCUCUGAGGCCCAGCGUCAAGAACUGCUGGCCAAGGUAGAAGAGGUAGUGAGGAAUUAUACCUUCCUCUUGCGAGCAGCUGAGGAGUCUACAGCUCGGAACCUUAACCAGCAGCAGCAGCAGCAGCAGCAGCAGCAGCAGCAGGCAGCAGCAGCAGCUACAGGGGCAGCCAUGGGGCAGCCGCCAGGGUCCCCAGCUUCAGUGACUGUUAUGAGCACAUUCACCCGCUCCUUAAAAACCCUUAUUAAGUAGGACAUCUACCCAGGUCUGCCCCCUUCCCAACCCCCAGGUUUGAGCUUCGUGGUUCGUGCAUCUUGUGGUGAGUGUGUGUGUGUCUCCUGGGCCAGUCAGGGUCCAAGAGCCUAUCAGUCUCCAGGGAGUGAAAACUCCCUCAGCUGAGGCUCUCUCUUAAGGGCUGCAGGCCUCGCUGCUGCCCUGGGUGUUCUCACCUCUUCUCUGGCCUCUUGGCAUCACUGUGAGGACAAACGCCCCUCGCCACUCUGCCCACCGCAGAGCUAUAUUUCCUCUCUUCACUGGGGCUGAGAGGCGACAUCAGACUCAUGAAUUGGGCCCCAGGGGAGCUAGGGCCUCCAGCUUCUCCUGGCGUGUGCUCCUCUAUACAGAGUGGUGGCAGUAGCAGUAGGCCACAGCAUCACACCAAGGGGUGAGGGUGCUCGGUCCAAAUGUGUCUGUCUGUCCACCCCGGGCUCACACACACCUGGCAGGAACCCUCUAAGGGCCCAUGCCCAGGUAGGAUGUGUGCAGAAAAAUAGCUGUACCUGGCUGUUUGCAGCCAAUCAACAGGCUGGCAGCUAUGGGAGCCCUCACCCCCUGGUCCAGUAGUUCCACACCAGCCAUUGCAAAAGUGCCCUGCCCACCACCUAGGGGCAGGGAAGCUCAGUCCAGUAGAGAACAAGCCUCUGGGAUCGCCCCACUCGUUUUGGACAAGGUACCUGGUGAAAAUGUCUGCACUGGGGAGACCCAGCGCAGGCCUAGGAGCCCGUCCCGCCCAGCACAGGGGCCAUUGCCACAGGCAUGGGGCUCCUCUCUCAUUUCUCUACCAGACAGACUGUCCUUAGAAGUUUGAUUUAGCUUUGAAUUGGGGUG